AUGGGCCCACGCGGUGAAUUCUAUGGAGUCGGCGGGCCAGGCCCCGACAGACAGUUGGCGCUGCGCGGCAGCCGGAGCGGGCUCGUCCUGAAGGCCGAGGCCCAGCGCUUGUGGAGCCCAUUUGCUUCGAGUUCCCAGCCUGACAUUCCCCAGCUCAGGAAACGUCCCCUCCUCCUGCCGGGGGAGGGUGCCCCCUUUUUCAGCGCUGUGGGCCAGAGAGGGAAGGAGGGUGCGGCCGAUGAGCUUGGAUCCCGCCCCGCCGCCCGCGGCCCCCGACCGGGUCCUGGCUGGAGGCGGGCGGCCUGGGCCGGCUUUGCGUCGUCCCGGGGGCCCGCUGGCGAUGCCCGGAUUCCAGCCAAGAAACGCCCCCGGAGCGAGCCGACGAGCGCACCCGCGUGUGAACGAGAACUUCUGACUUCCGUGGCAGCAGCUAGACUUCAGGGCAGGCCGGAGCCGGCAUUUCCACGGUCGGAAUCGGCGAGCGCCUGGCAGGGUCCACGGCCCGCUCCUCCCUUUGCUAUCGAGUCCCCUCGAGGUUGUGGGCGGGAGCCGGGGGUCUUGGAACCAGGGGGCUAG